GGCGUGUGGGCAUCUGCAGGUCCAGGGGUGUCCUUAUAUAUUAGACCCGUUGGAACGGAGACACAGAUCCGCUUGAGAAAAAGGGAACCACCAUUACACUGGUAUCCCCGUGGACGGACCCGAAUCUAUCCCAGGCAAAUUUUAUUGUGUAGAACUCGGCAACAAUCUCCACGUUGUACGUCUCAAGCGGCCCCACUCAUUCUGUUCCUCUCAAGAGCCCCAGACGAGGGCUUCGUAGUGCAGCCUGUUCAGAUCGUCCUGUUGCUAAUCUCGUGCCAGGAUCAAGUACUAGUGCAUAAAAGCCUCCAUCAUCAGCUGUGCAAGAAUGCUGUCAACUGUGCUGGUGCUCUGCUGGCUCUACGCCAUCGCAGCUCAGUGGGCAGGUGUUAUCGCUGAGUCUGCUCAGCAUGCCGAACGGCAAGUAUCGCCACUUACACAUCCGGAUCCUCGCCAGAUCGUAGGCUCCAUUCUAUCUUUGCAGUCCACUUCAUCGCAUACAAGUUCAACCUUGUCCAAUUCGUCCUCGUCUACCUCUUCACAUGUUAUGACAUCGAUGGCUAGCGCAGUGACCCCUUCUUCAACCUCAAGCCUGUUUUCAAUCAAUGUCGUCAACAACAUGACAACGUGUACUCCAGGCAUCAUCACCUGGACCUACACCGGUCCAUCGGCUGAUCUCUUGCUCUCUAUCACGAACAUCAACGUCUUUGAUCCCUAUACACAGCAUCUCUCCCGCCGUCAAAACAGCGCUGGGCAGAACGUCUCUGUAACUCUGGCGAACAUUAGUGCCACCUUACACUCCUGGACGUGGCCUAAAGUGAAUCAGUCACAGGGAUGGUAUAACCUACAGUGCUCCGUAGCUGGCUUCAACGUUCCUUCCACAUCGUUUUUCAUUAGCAACGGAUCCGACACAUCUUGCUUGCCCUCAUCUUCAUUGACCGCAGUCGAAAACUACACAAAGUCACCCAGUAUCGGUGAAAUCGUGGGGAUUGUGGUCGGUGGUGUAGCAGGACUGAUUAUUCUUGGCUCGCUUGUCCUAUAUUACCUUCACCGCCGACGUCGCUCUCGUGGCGGAAAGCGCCAGCCUAAGCAGAAAGUAGGGAGGAGGUGGGGUUCGUUGAAAUCCAAUGACUCUGAAGCUGCCAGGUCACUGGCAGGAAGCAAUGCUUGUGACCUCGCUUCCCACUCCCACGGUCAUUCGGAGUCGACGGGUGAAAUACUCGUUGUCGCUGAUAGUGGCAAAUCGUCAGAAACCACCACAACACCUGGUUCAGACGAAUACCAUGGGGAGGAGAAAGUAGUACCCCCUCACUCGCCCAGGGAAGUGAUCCCUUUGGAUCCUCUUGACACCCCUUUGUCACACUACAAUCGCCGCACGUCUGUUUACUCCUAUCAAGAUCCGUCAUUCCGUAGCGACGUUAGUCGCGCCCGUGUCACCUCUGUGCGCAACUCCGAACAAAACCUCGAGUCGCAAGCAGCUAGAAUACGUUCAUCCAUGGAAACUUCCAUGUACCUGCGUGCCGAGCGCUUGUCAAUGCCGGUUAUAGUUACCCCCACCACUCCGCGAACACCCACGUUUGCAACCCGAGGGCGGGACGAGUACCCACCUUCACCUGAAGCUGCAACCUCCAGCGGGCGUGAGCCCUCGGCAGGUGCUUCGUCCAACACUCACCGCACCUCUCGCAAACCGGUGCCGCACUAUGAUCCGUCGGAGCUUCGCGAUGACUAUCGCAGCGCGGUAGACACGCAGUCAACGUUCACCGCCGGUGGAUCGUCCCAUUCGCACAGCACAGAGCCACUGCCCCCACCACAUGGCAUCCCAGGGCUGUCUCAUGAUGCUAGCUUUGGAAGCCCUCGCCGCAUGCAUUAUCUGAUCCCUGACAUGCCCCCACCAAGUAAUGAGCAGGAGUAGGCUGUGCCUCUCCCAUUCGCAUGCGUCAUCUUUCGUUUUCCAAGUAUGUAGAAUUUGCAUAUACUUCACGGACGCAGCCGCAUCGCCUAUCUAUCACACACAUGUUACGCGGGACA